AAUAGAGAAUUGAAUAAUAAACCAAUCUCGGUUCUGAUCGUUCCUAGCGUUGGCUUCUUCCCCGAUCAUCACCAUUCCACCGAUUCUCUUUGAUUCGUAUCGAUCUUCGCAAAGUUGAUUCAUCAUGGGCAAUGUAACCGGUGGAAUUCGCCGAGAUCCGCCGCCGUACACAAACCCUAAUCAUCCUCCUCCGUUGCAGUAUCACCAGUACUACCAGGGCUACUAUCCAUACCACAAUCCUCAGGGUGCUACUAGGGCUCCCUACCCUCAGGUUGCUUACGUGGAGCACCAGGAAGCCGUGACUAUAAAGAACGACGUCAAUUUGAACAAGGACACCUUGAGAUUCGAGCCCGAUGAAUCAAACCCCGGCAAGUUCUUGCUCUCCUUCACCUUCGACGCCAACGUUCCCGGAAGCAUCACUGUGAUGUUCUUUGCUAAAGAAGGCAAAGACUGUGACUUGAUUGCUACUAAGGCGGAUCUGUUUCCAUCUACAACUGUUAGUUUCCCAAAGGGUUUAGGACAGAAGUUCAAGCAGCCUUGUGGAACAGGGAUUGAGCUGUCUGCUUUAUCAGAGGCUGAGUUGGUUGAGGCUAACGAGUCUGAUGUGUAUCAUGUGGCGGUGAAGGCUGAGGGGAAAACACCGAAUCGUCAGAUAACUCAUGCGGUUUUGGAGAAGGAGAAAGGCGAGUACAAGGCUAAAGUGGUGAAGCAGGUCUUGUGGGUGAAUGGGAGUAAGUAUGUUCUCAAGGAGAUUUACGGGAUUGGUAAUACAGCUGAUGGUAGUGGUGGAGAAGAUGAAACGGAGAGUGGUAAGGAAUGUGUGAUUUGCUUGACUGAGCCGCGAGACACCACUGUUCUCCCUUGCAGGCACAUGUGUAUGUGUAGCGGUUGUGCAAAGCUUUUGAGGUUUCAGACGAACCUUUGUCCAAUCUGUAGACAACCAGUGAAUAGGCUUUUGGAGAUAACUGUCAACACCAAUGUCUCCAACAACUGAGCUCUUCCCACGUUUGUACAUAGUCAGUUUCUCAAUGUUGUUGCUUUUGUGGUGGAUAUGGAGUCGUUGAAACUAUUGUUACUGACUACAUAUGUCCAAAUGACACUUUUUUAAUUCUAGUUUUUGUUCCAAGUGUUUAGUAUAACAUCAAGGCUACUUUGGUACUACUAUAAAGACGACUUCAGAUCUUGUGCUUA